CGAGACGCCCGGAAGGUUUGACGUGUCGCGCUCCACGAACUCAUCCGGCUUACGCGUACGAAAUGUGUGACAAUAAGUGUUGCUUCCUCUUUAAUAUUUAAUUUUAUUAAAUAAUACCUUAAGAGAUAAUAUCAUAAAUAUAUACAGCGUAAUACAUUUAUUGUGAAUAAUUUGCUUAAACUUCGUGAAUAAAUGCUGACUGAUACGGGACACUCCACGUAUAUAGGAUAAAUCCGAUGAGAUCGGCAAGGAAGGCCGUCAGAGUUUGCAUACGGAUGCCGUGAGCUCUGUCAACGGGAGCGCACGCCGUCGCCGUGAUGAGCACAACCCGCCAAAAUGCGUCGGCGGCCAUUUUAAAUAGGCAACUGACACGUUUGUCAUUACGAGAUGGCCGGCGUCCGUACAUACAGCCUUCAAGCGCAGCAACACAUUUGCACCCCUCUGCAUCACUAUGAAAUGUGGAAACACGGCAAGUGGCGACAAAAAUCACCACCAAGGACAAACGCGGCCAUUAGAGUACCCAGAUAGAGAUUGUACAGUGAACAUUUGUAGAGGCCUAAGUGUUAUUGUGUUGUGUAAAUAUAGUGGUGUGUAAAUGAUAGAUAUGGCGGGCGAAAGUCGAGGAGCGCGUACGCCGCUGCUCGAAUGCGGCGACUUUGCGCAUACGCAUAAGACGGCAACGCCUCGUUGCUGUAUAUGGUUGGCUAGCCAUGUCAAUGUGAGGAAAUGUGUAGCCGGCAUUAUGCUGCUCUCCGUCCUCACCAUAUUCUUCUAUACGUAUUAUGUCACAAUGCCGCUUACAAGCCUUGUGUGGCGCGAUCGAGUACCGCGUCCGCUGUCGCAGUGCUCGCUGCUGGCGUCGCAACAGCAGACCGCACGGGACCACCGCUCGGACGCGCGACUACGCAUCGAUGCUAAAGUGCUUGUCAUAGCCGAGUCGUUAUACUCGCGACUGGGACGUGACAUCGCCGAGCUGCUUGUCGCCAACCGAAUACGGUACAAAGUGGAAGUCGCAGGCAAAAGUCUGCCAGUGCUUACCACUUUGGACAAGGGGCGAUACGGAGUGAUUGUGUUCGAGUCGCUGUCGAAAUAUGCAAAUAUGGACAAGUGGAAUCGAGAACUUCUCGACAAAUAUUGUCGAGAAUAUUCAGUAGGGGUCGUCGGGUUCGCAACGCCGGGGGAGGAGAGCCUUGUUGGCGCUCAGUUGAAAGGAUUCCCACUCUUCAUGCAUACCAAUCUAAGGCUUAAGGACGCAGCUCUAAACCCAGCGUCGCCGGUCUUGCGGCUAGCUCGCGCCGGCGAAACCGCUUGGGGCUCGCUGCCCGGUGACCACUGGACCGUGUUCAGAGCUAACUCUUCCACAUAUGAACCUGUGGCUUGGGCGUUACGAGAGAACGAUUACGGCACUAGUGAAGACCGAAUGCCGUUGGCGACUGUAGUUCAAGAUCACGGGCGCUUGGACGGUGUCCAAAGAGUACUCUUCGGAUCCGGCCUCCAGUUCUGGCUUCAUCGUAUACUGUUCCUGGACGCUCUGAGCUACCUGAGCCAUGGCCAGCUUAGUUUGAGCCUCGACAGAUGGAUACUUGUAGAUAUUGACGACAUCUUUGUAGGUGAACGAGGUACACGUCUGCACGAAGAGGAUGUGUCAGCGUUGCUCGCGUCUCAGGCGGCGCUGCAGCGUCUCGUGCCAGGCUUCCGGUUCAACCUAGGUUUCAGCGCAAAGUACUACCAUCACGGCACCGCUUUGGAGAAUCGAGGUGAUGAUGCUUUGCUGAAAAACAGAGAACAUUUUAACUGGUUUUGCCACAUGUGGAAUCACCAGCAACCACAUCUAUACAAUAAUGUUUCCCAACUCGAAACCGAGAUGACGAUGAACAAACAGUUUGCAAUCGAACACGGUAUACCAACCAAUUCGUGCUACUCCGUAUCGCCGCACCAUUCAGGAGUGUAUCCCGUGCACGAACCACUGUACGAAGCGUGGAGGAAAGUCUGGGAUGUAAAAGUUACGAGUACUGAAGAAUAUCCCCAUUUACGACCAGCUAGGCUACGACGCGGUUUUCGUCACAGAGGUGUGAUGGUUCUGCCACGUCAGACAUGCGGGCUAUUCACGCACACAUUGCUCUUGGAACGAUAUCCCGGGGGCAGACAGCGUCUCGACCGUUCCAUACAAGGCGGGGAGCUGUUCCAAACGGUCAUCAAUAACCCGAUAAACGUGUUCAUGACGCACAUGUCUAACUACGGCAACGAUCGCCUGGCUCUAUACACCUUCGAGUCCGUGGUGAAGUUCCUCCGAUGCUGGACAAACGUUCGUCUCGCGUCCGCUCCGCCACUUGCGCUCGCUGAAAAGUACUUCCAACUGAGGCCGGACGAACUGAACCCGCUGUGGGGGAAUCCAUGCGACGACAUCCGUCACCGUCGAAUUUGGUCGAAGAGUAAAUGGUGUGACACGUUACCGAAGAUUUUAGUGAUCGGACCACAGAAAACAGGCAGUACCGCGCUGUACACGUUCCUGGCUAUGCAUCCGACUUUAGUGCCAAACCUGCCGAGUCCGACAACUUAUGAGGAAUUGCAGUUCUUCAAUAACAACAACUACUUGAAAGGAUUGGACUGGUAUUUAAAUUACUUCCCUCCGAGCCAGAGUAAUAACACGCAGAUAACAUUUGAGAAAUCAGCGACUUACUUCGAUGGAGACCUCGUGCCUCGUCGUGCGCAUGCGCUUUUACCGAACGCGAAAAUCAUCGCCAUACUUAUAUCGCCCUCAAAAAGAGCGUAUUCCUGGUACCAACACAUACGCUCGCACGGCGACCCCAUCGCCAACAACUACACCUUCCACACCGUCAUCACGGCCAACGACUCUAGUCAGAAAUCACUACGGGAUUUAAGGAACCGCUGUUUGAACCCGGGAAAGUACAGCCAUUACCUAGAGCGAUGGUUGUCGGAGUACAGCGCCCACCAAAUCCAUAUACUGGACGGUUCGCUUCUACGGACGGAACCGGCGACUGCUAUGAACACAUUGCAGAAAUUCCUAAAGAUUCCGCAUUUGGAUUAUAACAAGCUUCUUAAAUACGAUGCUAAAAAAGGUUUCUUCUGCCAAGCCGUCGGCAGUGAGAAAACGAAAUGCCUCGGAAAGUCCAAAGGUCGAAUAUAUCCACCGAUGGAGGAUCGUUCAGCCAAAUUCCUCAGACGAUAUUAUACGCCUCAUAAUACGGCUCUGUCCAAAUUACUGGUGAGACUUGGCCGUCCAGUGCCACAGUGGCUCAAGGAGGAACUAAUCGGGAAUGGAUAGCAUUUCUUUCAACCUAAAAGGUUGGAAAGAAAUAGAAAAACUAUACAUGGAUUGAUCAAAGUUUGUGUCGUGAAUGUACCGUGACGAGACUGGUUAGUCCGAGUUAUGAACUGUGGACGUUUGCAAUACGUAAAAUUGUUUUUAACGUUUCAAUGUGAGAGUAUCCUUGUUGAAAUAUAUCUUUGUCUAUCGAAUCUUGUAUUAUAUUCAGAGUGAUAUUAAAUGAUUUACUUUAAUAUAAUCAUCGUUUCGACGAUCGGAUGUGUUUUUUCUAUGUAGAUGGUAAUUUUAUUUUUAUCAUUAGAAUAAGUAUUCAGUGUUCAUAAAAAUAAAUGUUAAAUAAA